AUGGCAGGCCAAAGCCAAGUCCCAGUGGUCCAUGUCACUGAAAGUGCACCAGAUGGAACGACAACCUUCCUUGACCCGGCAACAUUCCCUGAUGGAAAAGUAUUUGAGACCGUUCAGAUGAGUCCAGUCGCUUCGUUGUCGGUCAUCUGGUCAUCGCCCGCGGCUUUCUCAGUCGCCAAAGGGCAAGACAUCGAGCACCACAAAAACAUUCUAGCCGCAGGCCCGCCCGUUCCUUUUUUCCAAACACAGGGAAACACUGCAGUAUCGAUGACGUACAUUGGCCCAACUGAAUCGGUCACUCGAGGAUUCAUGCAUCGCACCCAGAGCUUGGACUAUCUUCUCAUGCAUGAGGGUGAGCUGGAACUUGAACUCGACAGCGGGGAGAAGAGAGUUGUUAAAGCGGGAGAGGUGGUAAUUCAGAGGGAGGCGUGGCACAGGUGGACGAAUCUUAGUACGACCAGAAGGGCGGUCAUGUUCGCCGUUGCGCUCGGCGCUGAGGGAGCCACUUUGGGUGGUAUAGAUAUCCGUCAAGACUAA